CGCUAUGAUGAAACUGCCAUCAUAAAUAAAUUGAAAUUACAAUAAUACCUAAACGGAAUCAACCAGUGGAAACUUCCUUUAUCGACAGAUUCUUGAUUUCUCUCUCUCACUGUUUUUCUCAACUGUAAAAGCUAUUCGGAUAUUGGGAUCUCAAAAAUCAGAUUAGCUUACUCAGCUGUAUCAUUCAUCAUAAAAUGGCUAACAGAAAUCAAAUCCGGACUAACAACACUGCACUCAUUGCAAUGAUCGCAGAUGAGGAUACAGUAGUUGGAUUUCUGCUUGCUGGAGUUGGCAAUGUAGAUUUGAGGCGGAAGACAAAUUACCUCCUUGUAGACUCGAAAACAACUGUCAAACAAAUUGAAGAUGCUUUUAAGGAUUUCACGACAAGGGAGGAUAUCGCCAUAGUGAUGAUUAGUCAAUAUGUUGCGAAUAUGAUAAGGUUUGUGGUAGAUAGCUAUAACAAGCCAGUACCAGCAAUCCUGGAAAUUCCUUCGAAAGACCAUCCUUACGAUCCCUCACAGGAUUCAGUUCUUUCACGAGUGAAGCACCUCUUCUCAGCCGAGUCAGUGGCAUCUGGGAGGCGCUAGAUGUGAUGGUUUGUUAUGUUCUAUUUACCUCCCUCAACUUUGAUUGUGGAAGAAAUCGUAUUAUUUAUUACUUUUAAGUUGCUUCUCUUAAUCUAUUCCUUUGUCAAUAUUGUUAUUGCAAUUUGGGAGUAUAUUGUGGUCGAUGCGUAUGAAUAAAAGAUAGUAGGAAGAAGAGAGUGAGCUGCAACUACUAUGAUUUUAAGGCAAUGUCAUCAAUGUUUGUGA